GUGCUCAAGGAGCUCGAGCUGUUGGAGGAGGACGCGCAGGUGUUCAAGCUCAUCGGGCCGGUGCUAGUCAAGCAGGAGCUUGUCGAGGUCAAGUCGAACGUGAACAAGCGGAUCGAGUACAUCAAGGCGGACGCGACGAGGAUCGAGCGGAGCCUGAAGGCCAAGAACGACGAGCAGAACACCGUCAAGGAGCAGAUCCAGGCGUUGCAAAAG